AUGGCUCACGAUGCGACGGAGAGCCUGACUUGUCCUGAGUACUGGGAUGAGCGCUACGCCGAGGUGGGCGCGGAUAAGCAACUCCAUGAGUGGUUUAGGUCUUUCAGUGACCUCGAGCCUUUUUUCGCUCGUCAUUUGUUCCAGAUACGAGGACCAGAGACGGCGCUGAAGAUCCUGCACCUAGGAUCAGGAGACAGCACAAUACCACAAGAUCUUGCGAGAAAAGGCUACAAGAACCAACUUUGUGUCGACUUCUCAUCGGUCGUUGUGGAAAACAUGUCUAAACGACAUAGUAAGAUUGCGGGCAUCCUCUGGCAACAGGGUGACGUCCGCCAGAUGGAUCAGAUUCCGUCGGAGUCGAUAGAUGUUGCCUUUGAUAAGGGGACAUUAGAUGUUUGGAUCCAUGGCAGCCCCUGGGACCCGCCAGAUGAUGUUCUCGACAAUACUGCGCGAUACGUUCGGGAGGUCUUUCGUGUCCUCAAAUCGGAUAGCAUGUUCAUCUACAUAACAUACCGGCAACCUCACUUUAUAAAACCUCUUCUCAACUGUCAAGGCGUUGACUGGGACAUCAAGAUGGACGUGCUGGGUUCUUCUGACAGCUCUUUUGAUUACCACGGAUUUGUCCUGACGAAGGUGAUGCCACGAGCCGCGGAUUCAACCGGCAACGAGGCCGAAAAGAGAGGCUCCAGCUGA